ACUCCUCAACUGUAUUUCGCUUUUCAACCAAACUUGGAUUGUAGAUGGACUUGGGGGACCUGCAUCUUAUGCUGCAGUCGGAGGUCACAUGGACUCGGAUUCAACAUCAAAGGAGGGGAGGAUCAACCCUUGGUUGCUGGUGAUACAGGGAUCUUUGUAACUAAGAUCAGAGAAGAAGGGGCGGCUGCUAAAGAUGGAAGACUUCAGAAAGGAGAUAAGAUUUUAGAGAUUAAUGGUGAAAAUGUCCGAUGUGUACCUCAUAAGAGAGCAGUAGAUUUAUUUGUUAGUGCUGGUGAAACAGUCAAACUUUUUGUUCAACACAAUGCGGAAGCAGCUCUUAGGAAAAAAGUGGAAGAAGCCAAAGCCAAAGCUGCAAAAUCUGGAGAAGGAGCCGGUGUACAAUGGUUAAUUGUCAUAGGAGCAGUCGUUGCCGUGGGAGCAUUUAUCUGGUUUCGCACGAGACGACGUUAACACUGUGCUAGAUCCUUAGAGUAUUCAGAUAUAUAUUUCUACCAUUCUACUUUAUCACUCAACUUUGAUUUCUUUUAUAAAUGUAAAAAAAUGAUACUUUGACUAUAAAAGGAAUGAACUUUGAAACAUGAAAAAAAAGAGAAACUUUGCUUUCCUUGCCAUGCACAUCGAGUGAUACGGUUUAGCAGCAGAUAGGGUAUAAAGAUUGGAAUCAUGUUUGUCUCAUCUUCACCAUUAAUACAGCAUGGAUAGAGUUCUGACAGGUUGCGGAAACUAGGAUUAAAGAGUUUUUAGUAAAUUACAAAAGUGGACACAUGAUAUUCAUUGAUUCAUCUUGACCCAGCCGAUUUGGAAUUUAGAUCAUAUUAAAAAGUGGCAUUUUGUAUGGAGGCAUGCUUGACAGUUGUGUUCAUUUUUGUUCAACCUUUGUUAUUUCAGCCUUUAAUUCAGGCCUGCUUCAAUGUCUACUUUGUUGAUUUUUUUUAGUUAGAUCUGAUAGGACAGUAUCUUACAUGCAGGUGACGAAAACGGAAUUCUCCUUUUUUUUAAAUCUUCUGGGAAAACUUCCACAUUUUGUUUAGGAAUUUUUCUUCAUGAUAUGAACAGGUCCCAUCUUCAGGAGAAAUGUGACUGGAUCAUAUAAGUCUUAAUCAUUAGAUUGUCUUACUUUUACUGUAAAGAUUGAUUUUGAAGAUCAGUUUGAUUGGGUAUAUCUCAUCUUACACAUGUCCUAUAACUUGGUUACCUUCAAUUUUCUUGUCUUAGCUUUGUAGAUCUUGUAAUCAAUAUCAAAUGACAUGCUAGUACUAUAGUAGUACAUGUACAUGCUUUUGAAAUCUAGUCACAUAAUUGACAGAGAAAAUUUGAAAUUGAAUUCUAUCAUUUGUAUUUGAAAACAGGUUUCAUGAAAUAGGGCAUUGAAGUAGUUAUCUGUAUCACAUUAAGGUGGUCUUUCAAAUGUUUAUUACUGGCUAGCUUACCAUUUUCCUUUGAUUUUAGAGGUCAAAAACGUAGUAUUGUCCAUGAUAAUGUAUACCUGUCUAACCAUUAAGCUGAAGGUAGCAAUUUUUUUCAGGCAAGUUUGAUUAGAUAGAUUUCUUUUUUUUGCUUGCAACUCAGGGAUGUGUUUGCUUGACUUUGCUUUGGUAUUUGCAUGGAAUUAUUAUUGUUUUGACAUCAAAAUUUCCAAAUUGUCAUCUCUCCCAAUCAUACAUUGACUGUGGUUUUUGCCUAGAGUUAGUUUGUCAAUUCUGUGAUUUAAAUGCUGUGUUCCCAUUUGCAAAUCUAAGCAUGUCAUUUUCUAGAUAAAAAAAAUCGUACAUAGAAAUUGACGAUUGGAAUUUACUAGUGAGCCUAUUUCAGAAUUUGGGCUUUUAUUCCUGAAAAUAUCAAACUAUUUUUUUUUUAAGCAUUAUUUUUCUGUAAAUAUUUAAUUGCCAAGAGAAAAGAAAUUUGUCGAUGUCUUUCAAGGAUUUUAUUGGUAGUAUAGCAUUAGUCUGAUUUAAUGAACAUAUUAAUUUUUUAGGAACUGCACAGAAAAUCAUUAGGCUAACUAGAUGGAUUCUUGACCAAAAGCAGUCAAAAUUAAUGUCUCCGGCAUUGCCCGAUCUGAAAUAUAUUGCUCAAUUUCUAUAAAUAAAAAUAAUUUUCUUAUGCAUUCAUGAACUGACCUUUGACCUCAUGACCAUAGAAUCUAAACAGGUCAUCCUCCCUCAUAUAUUCCUUUACUAACAUAGUAUGAAGUAGAAACAUCAGACUAUUUUCUAGUCAUCAUGAGAACAGAUUAUUUUAUGACCCUUGACCUAUGUGACCCCAAAAUCUAGUCAGGUCAUAAUCGAUCCUAUAUCCAUACAUAAGCCAAGUUUAACCACUCUUUAGUUAUUGUGAGAAUGAUAACAGGACCGAUGGAUGGGCCUGAGAAGAUCACCUUCAUUAGCUAAACGUUUCCUGUGUAAUUUAUUUUCAAGAAUUAACUCACGUGCACUCAUGUCAAUAUCCUGAAAUACAUUUGGAAUACUAGUAAUAGGUUUGGGGGAGCAAUCAGUUAGAUUUUCUGUGAUGGGCAUUUAUAUGCAAUGUACGAUUGCAUAUGUGCACAACCAAACCCAGAAAGGAUUAUGACUCUGCAAGAAUUUGAUUUCAUUUUGACAUUCCUUUCCCAAUGACAUUAUCUGCACACCUUCAGGGCAUUUUAGAUCACAUGCACAUUUGAGUUAAAGGAGCUCAUUUUAGUUGCUGCUUAGUUGCUCAAAAGCCUCUUCCUAAAUCAAGCAUUAUGUACAUUUUGCUGGGGAGCCACUGUCUUUACAAGAUGGACAUGAUUUUACAUGAAAGCACAUAAAAAUGGUGGUUUUCAUGGCAGGGAAUUGUAAGUGGGUAAGGGUAAGGAAUUUGCCAAAAUCAGGGAAAAUUGUAUAAUUAUCACCCUAUUAUGAAAAUGAAAUAUCUGAGGCAUCAUUUAGGGAAGGGGGAUUAUGAAAAAAAUACUGGGUACCGGUACUCUGAAUCAAAGGAUGAUUUCUUGCUUAGACUCCCAUUGUGAAAGUUCAUGUAAAAGCUUAAUAUCUAGAUUGUAAUGACAAACAAUGUUCCGAGGAUAUUUUGAAAUAAUAGAAACUGAUUUUUAGCUUACACAACGCUACAUUUGAGGUAGUACCUGUAAUUAUUAAUAUAUGCAAAAGAAGGGUUUCAACAAUUUUCAUCAUCUUUUUACGUAUUUUUACUAGAUUUACCACCUAUUUAUGUAUUACUAAUAAUACCACCGAACCACAUACUUAAAUGUAUGUAUUACUUGUAAAGCUCCAUAAGGUACAUGUACCAGUAGAUCAUUGUAACAAGUUGAGUGGUAUCGGGUCAGGUCCGAAAUGAAACAAUGUUCUACUUUUACAUACCUGGGCGUACACUUAGAUGAGUUUCUUAUAAUCAUCUCCAGUCAAUUGAAACAUCACAUGUAAGAUAAUGUUUUUCCAUCAGAAUUAGAAUACUGCAAAGUCAUUUAUUUCUAUAAAUGUACUGAUCAUUGUAACCUCUCCUAUUGUUUGAGACAAGGGUGAACAUAUAUCUAUUUAGUAUGUGAUAUAUCUAGGAGACAAUAAAAAAUUUAAUCUAUAUUGACAGAUGGGCUUAGAGAGGGUAGAUGAUAUCAGAGGGUAGAUGAUGGAUAUAUUUGAAUGUUGAGUUGUAAAUAGGCCUCUGACAAUCACCAGUGUGCUUUACAUUUAUCCAGAUAUGACUGUUCUUCAUAUCAAUGUAAGUUAUGCUCUUAAUUUUUUUCCCUCCAGAAUAUUUAAUGAAUCUUGUAAUUUCUUAUCUAUUGGUUUACUGCAAGUCCUAUAAUUCUGACCAGUCAGAUGUGGUUGUUGUCCAACUGUAAAAGGGAUGGUCCGGGCUGAAAAUAGUUAUAUCUAAAUAAAUAGAGUAAAAUUCACAGAGCAAAAUGCUGAAAAUAUCAUCAAAAUCGGAUAACAAAGUUAUUGAAUUUUAAAGUUUAUCAAUAUUUUGUGAAAACAAUUAUAUGUGCAUCGUCAUGAAUAUUCAUUAGGUGGGGUGAUGAUGUCAUAUCCCCACUUUCCUUUUUCUUAUGUUAUUACAUGAAAUCAUAAAUGUUUCAUUUUUUAUACAUGUGUAAAUGAUGUGUCUCCACUAUGAUGAAAUAAGUUUCUGCAAUAACUAACGAAUGCACUUAAUCAGUUGUCAAUCCAAUUGUUUUAGUUCUUGGUUGAAAUUUUUUUAAUAAACCUAAUUUCAUACAAUAAAAUACAAAAGAACAAGUGGGGAUAUAUGACAUCAUCAGCCCACCUAAUGAAUAUUCAUAAAGACAUGCCUAGAACUGUUUCACCUGAAUAAUGCAAAUCUUUAAAAUUCGAUAACUUUGUUAUUUGAUAUCCGAUAUUGAUCAAAUUUUCAGCGUUUUACUUUGUGAAUUUUACGUUAUUUAUUGAGAUAGAAAUAUCUCCAGCCUGGACCAUCCCUUUAAUUAAGUGCUAGUGUUUGGGUCAUAUUGCAUUCAGUGAAAAUUGAGAUUCAGUUACUAGUAGUUGUCAUUUAUAUGUGUAUAAUAUUUACAUAAUACUGUAUGUUUUCUCAAUAAUUGAUGUAAUAAUUCUGAAUAAUUCUUUGUUGUCUUUGCAAUCAAUUUGGAAUACUGAUAAUUGAUUAAUCUAUAAUGUAAAUUGGGGACUGAUUUGAUGUGUAUUUAUCUGACUUCCUGUUCACAAUAUGUCUGUGAUCAGGGACAUGUGAUUGAUAAACAAAUGUCAGAGUGAUAUCUGUCGUCUAUUACGUCAGCCACUAUGACUGAUUAACCUAGACGUAAAAUGUUUCCAAGGUAAUUGGUUAUAUACCAGCUUGGCGUUUACCAGCAAAAAAUUCUGUCCUGCCGAGUUCCUACGGGAGUUACGACAAACAGAAACAAAUAAACAGUAUUUUAUGCAUUAAUUUUUGCAGUAUGCAAGACCUGCUGUCAAUUUAAUUUCUUUUUCCAAUACAAAAAAAAACCUAUUUCCUUUCAAAAUGGGGUAGCAUAGGUGGAUAAUUCAAUGUCCAGUAUUAUUUAUGAAGUGACCUUUAUGACAAUUUAGUUUUUCUAUGAUCUGUAAACUCCAGGUCAUAUUACUAUCAGUAAUUUAAUGAGAUUACUAUUCUGUUUGUGUAAUAUAGUUUGUGCUUUCAACACUAACACUCAACUUAAACUCUCCAUAGUUUACAUGUAGAUGUCACUGCCAUAUUUUUUUUGUAUUCAUUUGAUUUGGUAGAUUGUUGAUUGGGUUGCGCAAAUGAAAGCAUUUAAGACAUAAGAAUGAUUUUUAUUCACAGCAAUAUGUAUGAUGCAUCUUUUUAGUACUGAUGUAUCCUUCAAUCUUUGCAUAUUCUCUCUCUAGAGUAAGACUGAUUUUGAAUAUGUAAGUUUAGUUAGUAGGUUGUAGAUCAUUAUAGCUUUGGAAUGGUUAGAACCAUUUAUUGACAGUAUACACUGUAUAGUUAAAAAGAAUGUUAAUCUUAAACUGCAAUGGUCAUACUUGGCUAAGGUCAAGGGUCAUCUUUGACCAUUGGAGAAUGUAAGUUAUAAAAACCAUACUUUGCACCAUAAUGUACACAUAGAUGUAAAAACAAUCUUUAUAUAUCUUUUAAAUUAGAUGAGGAUGGAAAGGAUUUGUAAUUUAACUUCCGAUUUGAGAAAUCUUACGCUUCUGGAAUGAAGGCUAGGUUGCAAAAACAAUAUAGUAUUGUUUGUUGAAUGUAUGUAUGACAGAAAGGUAUUGAUAUGCUCAUUAUGAUAUAUCAAAAUGGAAUAUAUGAGUAUUAAAAGUCGAUUUUGAUGUGCUAAUCCAGAUCCAUGAUGGACUGGUUUUGAAAAGCA